CGCGGUUCAGUGCAGCUUUUAAACGAGCUGUUUAUGAAUUGUUUUUAAUUCUGCCAGAUUUUUACAGCUUUGACAGAUUUGCAUCUGAUCUCACACUGAUUGAUGUGCAUGUAUGAACAUGGAGCUGUCCGGGUUACACCCCUGCAGUGAUGCAGCUGCAGGAUAUUUACCCCAAAAGCGUAAAAGAGCAGAUUUCCCAAACAUGACUGGAGAGAGAAGUGACUGUCCAGAUGUUUCUCCUGAUAAACAAUCAAUAAAAAGUCACAGCCAUUUCAUGAAGAUCGACGGUCAGAGGGGUGUGUAUUACUCUGAGAGAUGGCAGGGGAGCGGAAGCACCCUGUACCUCCCAGUGCGCGGCACCGUUCUCGCCAACAUGCGCAAAUAUGAACAGAUCAGCUUCGAGCAGGGCUACUUCUGCACCGGCGACGAUACCGGAGGCUUCCACCAAAGAGUGCGAGGUCAGGCUCUUCACUGCUGGAGAUACAGCAAAGCGGAGCGGAAACUCUUCAUCGCUCUGUCCUACUUCUUCACAAACACUGAUGUGUUUCAGGAGGUGCUGAGCUCUCUCGAGUGUUUGUAAAGAGGACACACACGUGUGUGUGUGUGUACACACAAUCACACAUACAAACUUCACAUAACUGAUCACAUUUCAUUUUUGGUUCCUCUAAAUAUUACCAGCUUUGUUGUUCAGUUCAGGUUCAUUGUUUUUUCUGGUUCUGAUCACGUUCUUUAAAAAGAUCCACGCCGUUCUUCUAGACAAGUCUGUGUUCUUUCUGUAGAUUUUAGAAUAAAGUUCCUGUAGAUUGAAUGAAAGCUCCUCAUUUUAUGCAUUAAAAUGCAUAUGACUGUACAGAGGGCGCCAAAACUUUUGUGGCAUCACUUUCCUCCGCAUCGUACUGUUACCUAAUCUUUAAAACACACACAUCCUGCACCUUAUAUUCUCAUCAAACUGAAAUGAAUUGCAUAUUUAUGUUUCUUAUCUGCAAAGGUGGCCUUGUUCGAUUUAUUUGUUAUGU